AUGGCAAAUGAAACUGAAACCGAGGAUUUAGCUAAUGGAGAACAUAAGGAUUAUAUGUGCAAGAAUUAUAUUAUGAAUUGUUUGAUUUUAGAUCUGUAUGAUGUUUACUACUCGUGUAAAUCUGCAAAAGAGUUAUGGAAUUCAUUAGAAAAGAAAUAUGCUACAGAAGAUGCUGGAACCAAGAAAUUUGUGGUGGCAAAGUUUUUAUAUUUUAAAAUGAAUGAUGUUAGAACUGUGGUUAGUCAGGUUGAAGAAUUGCAGAUUAUAAUUCACGAAAUUAUUGCUGAAAGAUAUAAAAUCUAUGAGGGCUUUCAAGUGUCAGCUAUAAUUGAAAAAUUGCCACCUUCUUGGAAAGAGUAUAAAAAUAGUUUGAAGCAUAAGAGAAAAGAAAUGUUCUUAGAGAAUAUGAUUAUCAGAAUUAGAAUCGAGGAGGACAAUAGAAUGGCAGAACGUAAAGAAAGGCCAGACUUUGAUACCAAGGCUAAUCUUAUUGAAGGAAGUUCUAGGACUAAGAAACCAAUUGGAAAUUUUACAAGGGGUCAGAAUUUUAAAGGCAGAAACAAGGGAAAACAAUUUGUAGGAAAGAACAAUCGGUCUAAGCCCCAGUUUAAAAAUAAAAUUGUUGGUGACUAUUUUGUUUGUGGUAAACCAGGUCACCUUGCAAAGGAUUGCAGAAAUAGGAAAGGAAAAGCUGUGAAGCAUUAG